AUGUCCUCCUUGAAGAAACCGCAAGACAUUCAGUACGAUCCCGAAACAAAUCCAGAAAACCCUCUCCAAUAUGUGUCUCGUGACUAUACAGCCAUCCCCCUCUUUCUACUACAAAAUAAUAAAGAUAACACAAAGACAGGUGCAGAAACUGAUCACCAUGACAGUCCUCUACCACCGUACGAAAACCCUCCUGCUUACUCACAUGUACAAGGGAACUCAUGGAACGUAAACAAAAAGAAACUCACUGCAAUUGGCCUGGCUCUCUUGUUGACUUCCCUUCUUGGUUUACUCAUACUAGCUGGUCCUGCCGGUUGUAUGUAG